AGGAUGUUGGAUGCAGUGUGCAUUCGCCUGGCACCUGUUGCUGUCUUUCUUAUUUUCAGCGCUGGUCUACUGAGGAUUUAACAGCAUCAUCGCUCACCAUCACACCAGGACAAUGUCGGAGGAACAAACUGAUUCGAACUCAAGUCGGUACUAUUUUGACAACACCUCUACUAGAGUCCAGAGCAGCUUCGUGUUUUCAGGACCCAUGUUUGUCAUUUUGAUGGUGAUGAUGGUGACUUUGGUCGUUGUAAUAGUUUUGGGUAACGCACUGGUCAUUGUGGCCUUUAAAGUGGACAAGAGUUUGAGGAGACAAUGUAAUUACUACUUCCUAAAUUUGGCGAUAUCAGAUUUUCUUGUAGGGGCAUUCUGCAUCCCAGUCUACAUGCCUUACAUCCUCACAGGCAAGUGGACAAUGGGUCAAGGACUGUGCAAGCUGUGGCUGGUCAUGGACUACCUGCUUUGUUCUGCGUCUGUCUUCAACAUUGUCCUCAUCAGCUACGACCGCUUCCUGUCAGUCACCAGAGCAGUAAGUUACCGUGCCAGACAGGGCAUGACUCAUCAAGCCAUAGUCAAGAUGAUUGCUGUCUGGGUGCUAGCCUUUGUCCUGUAUGGCCCAGCUAUCAUAUUCUGGGAACUGGUGGUGGGCAAAAGCCGCGUGCCAAAGGAUGAGUGUUUUGCGGAGUUCUAUUACUCUUGGUACUUCCUUCUGAGUGCCUCUAUGCUGGAGUUCUUCUCUCCUUUCAUCUCUGUGGCUUUCUUCAACCUCAGCAUUUACCUCAGCAUACGCAGGAGGAGGCUCCACAGCAGGGAGGCCCAGCUCCAACUUCAACUGAGGGAAUCCGCCUCUGCCCAGGAGAAAGGUAUCCCCCUGUCCCACAACUGGUGGUUUGGGAUGAAACUGGCUGUAAGACGCUCUAUUCAAUCCCAGACCUCCUCUCCCACUUUGGGUAAACUAGAUCCCUCAACCAGCAGGGCUGUCCAGCCUAGCCGUCUGUCCAGGGAUAAGAAAAUUGCUAAGUCCCUGGCCAUCAUAGUGUGUGUGUUUGCCAUCUGCUGGGCACCGUACACCCUACUGAUGAUCAUCCGUGCUGCCUGCAGAGGGCGGUGCAUCCAGCAUCACUGGUACGAGGUCACCUUCUGGCUCCUGUGGCUCAACUCUGCUAUUAACCCAUUCCUGUACCCACUUUGCCACAGUAGCUUCCGCAGGGCCUUUAGCAAGAUUCUCUGCCCAAAGCGGCAUACUACUCCCCCAUCAUCUGUCCUUCGUUCUGGCCAGUGA